AUGGUUAACGGAAAGACAUCGUUUGGUGGACUAGAAUGGAGGGUUAAUGUUCCCGAUGGGACAUCCCAGGUUUUAGUGCCAGAAUCUGGGGCACUGCAAAGAAUAUGUAGAGGACUUCAGGGGCUAAUUUUAGGAUUUAUGUUGCAUAUUUGGAAUUUUCUAGAGAAGGCUUGGAAUUUAGCUGUAUCUGAGCCUAAGAAGGUUAUCCAUUGCGUUAAAGUAGGAAUGGCACUUUCUUUUGUGUCACUGUUCUAUUACAUGAGGCCUUUGUAUGAAGGUGUUGGAAGCAAUGCUAUGUGGGCAGUUAUGACUGUUGUGGUAGUUUUUGAAUACACUGUUGGUGCAACACUCUGUAAAUGUGUUAAUAGAGCAACCGGAACAUUUCUUGCUGGAUCUCUGGGUAUUGGUGUUCAUUGGGUUGCAAGUCAGUCUGGAGAAAAAUAUGAACCCGUGAUUCUUCAACUCUCAGUUUUCCUUUUUGCGGCUGCAGCGACUUUCUCUAGGUUUAUUCCAUCAGUGAAAGCUCGAUUUGACUAUGGUGCCAUGAUCUUCAUCCUCACCUUCAGCUUAGUGUCCGUCUCAGGCUAUCGUGUGGAUAAAUUGUUUGAAUUGGCCCAUUAUAGAUUAUCCACAAUUGCCAUUGGGACCUCCAUUUGUAUUACUAUAACCAUGCUUCUAUGUCCUGCAUGGGCUGGUGUAGAGCUUCACUCUCUCAUCAUUCGCAACCUGGAAAAACUUGCAGAUUCCUUGGAUGGAUGUAUAGCAGAGUACUUCAAAGAUGACAGAAUUGUUGAUGUCAUUGAGGAAGAUAAAGGGAAGAAGCUGCAAGGAUACAAAUGUGUGCUCAAUUCAAAGGCAACCGAAGAAUCCAUGGCCAAUUUUGCUAGAUGGGAGCCUGCACAUGGGCACUUCAACUUCGGACAUCCAUGGAAACAUUACCUCAAGAUUGGGGCCUCUGUGCGUAGUUGCGCUUAUUGCAUUGAGGCUCUCAGUAGUUGCAUCAACUUAGAAAGUCAGGCACCUGAGCACCUAAAGAAGCAUUUGAAGGAAGUUUGCAUGAGAUUGAGCUCUUAUUCCUCAAAUGUAUUAAAAGAUUUGGCUGUUACAUUGAAAACCAUGACAAUAUCAUCUGACAUAUGUCUGUUAGUUGAAGAUAUGAACUUGGCAGCAAAAGACCUUCAAAAUGCCUUGAGAACUUUCCCUAACCAACUCAAUAUUCCCUCCCCACCACUGGAAACUUCAGCUUCCGAAUACACGAAAACAGAGCAGCUUACAAAAUCUUCUGUUGCUUUACCCCUUAGGGAGGUUCUUUCAGUGGCCACAAUGGCAUCAUUAUUGAUCGAAAUCACGAGACGAAUCGAAGGAAUUGUUGAAGCAGUGGAGGAGCUAGCAGCUUCAGCAGAAUUCAAGAAAGUAGAUGAUGAGAAGUCCAACCAGAUUAACACAUCCACUGAUAAACCAACGAUGACAGAAAAACAAGAUGAUGAAUCCAUGAAGACCCUUCAAAUGGUCUGA